AUGAACGACAUACGUCAGCUGAAGGACCAACAGCGCGACAAACAUCCAGGCUUCGAUUCGUACAUCGAGUGCAUGAGCCGGUCGUUGUUUACGGGGUUGGCGACGUUUUCGCUCGGGUUUGCCGGCAUUUACUUCCUGCAGCAAAUCGGCCAGCGCUAUCUGCCGUACACGAAGAAGGGCAACAUACUGGUGGCUACGCUGGUCGCAACCGGUGCCGCGUACAAGGUGACCUCCGACCGUACCCGUGCCUGCCAGGCCCGGUGGAUGGCCGUCGAGGAGAAGUACAGUGUGCUGCAGGACGCGAUCGAACCGGCUGUACCGUCGAAGGAGACGAUUGUUUAGAGUGCGAACGGGUCGUACACACAAACAUACGCUAGCACAGAUUUUAGAUUACAA